AUGCCGAAUGACUUUUUAUUAAUUAAUUGAAAAAAAAAAAACAUCUCCUUUAAAUUGCAAGAACAGUAAGUUACUGAGCAAAAAGCACAGUGAAGUUACAACAGAUUACAAAGAUCAAGAAGACAACAAUGGAACAUGGGAAGAAGGAAACUAAGAGAGUGCUGAUAACAUUUGACAUCGAUGGAACCUUAAUUCGAAGCACUGGCCCAACUUCCAACCACCUUCAUCGUCAAGCUUUCUCCCAUGCUUUGCUCCAAGUCUUUGGAAUUGAUGGUACUAUCGAUGUCAUUCAGCAUCAUGGUUCGACUGAUCCUGCAAUCCUUGUGAACACGCUUAUCCAUUAUGGGAUACCAUCUAAGGUUGCUACUGAAAAGCUCUCGGAUUUAAAGUCAAAGAUGAUUGAGUUUGCCAAGGGUCAUGCUAAAGACAUUGGAGAAGGUCUUGAAGUGCUUCCUGGUGUUGAAUCUCUCCUUCAAACUUUGUCAUCAAGAGAUGCUAUAGUCAUUGGACUGGUUACUGGCAACUUGGAAGAGAAUGCAUGGAUGAAGAUGGAAGGCUUGGGCAUCGAGAAAUAUUUUAGUGUUCCACAUAUUGGAGGGUUUGGGAGUGAUCACAUUGACCGAGGUCACCUAGUCAAAAUUGCAGCAGAAAGGGCUGAAAAGCUUUUUCCGGGGAAAUUUGAUUUGCGAGUGCAUGUUGGAGAUGCAGUAUGUAAACUACCAAAUGAUAUUCGAGCAGCUGAAUUUGGGGGAGCUUUGGCAAUUGGUGUUUGCACUGGCAUCUUUGGGAAGGAGGAGCUGGAUCAAGCUAGCACUGAAGGAGCCGUCGUUCUCAAAAAUCUUUCUGAUUGUGAGAGCUUCUUAAAUUUGCUGGGUCUUUGAAUUUGGCUCUCUUUGUAUGCUGGUAUUUCAGAUGAUUACAAUAAGUAUUGUUGUUCUUAAACUAUUGAUAUGCUUGAGUGGAGUUAAAAUUUAUGUCAUGCAAUAAUCUUACAUUGACUGCCAUUUCAAAUAUUUUGACAAUCUUUAGCAGGACUGUUCACAAAGUUUGGGGUAAUGAGACGAGGUGGUCAGACAUUUAAUUUCUUAGCUUUUCCAGUGACUAAUAUAGUACUUUCAAACGCUCCCUUAUUUGCUCCUGCACCUCCCCUCCACCCUUCCCACAAAAUAACAGAAAGAUGUAUAUUAGCUGAAUUAAGGUUAUGUCUUACGAGGUAAAAAAAUGGUGAAGCUUUUAUAGUUUUAUUAAUACUAGGGUGGUUGAUGUGCGGCCGCGCGCGCCAUAGCUAGCCAUGUUCGGGUAGGAUUAAUGAGGGAAAAUAUGUAGACAAAUAUUUUUAGGGUAUAAAUGUCCACUAUCCUUAAAGAGUUAAAAGAAAGAGACGAUUAACAAUGAGGCCUGAUGACUGAGAAGAUCUGAACUUUUUAUGGUCUUGAAAUGAACACUUUAAAAUCCAGUUAUAUUGAUUAUGACAGAGGCCCCCAAGCUAUAACAUUGGUGGAACUGUGGAAACCUUUUUGUGCACUGUCUGUACUACAUGAACGUUAUGAAGCCUUUUUGUGCACUAUGUUUGUACUACAUAAAGCCUUUCUACAUCAGGCUGCUGAUGAAAUUAGUUCUACUCAGCAAUCACGUCACUUGAUCUUCCUUAUUUUUUUGUCUUUUUUUCCUGGAUGGUUCUCUCGUUUAUUAAUUGAAAUCAUUGAAUAUAUUAUUGCUUGCAAUUGAAUGACCCUUUACAUUUUGAAACUAUAAUAAUGGCUAAUGACAAAGAUAUGGGGUAUAAUAAUUGAGUAGUGGGAGCAUUUUGCUGAUGCCAUAUAUGGAGUAGUUAAAAGUAGCAAUCAUUCACAGUUUUUGGUGUAAUUUAAAGUUAGGAAAAAAGUUUUCCAUUUGCCAUUUUCAAAAGGAAUAUAAAAUAUUGAAGUUCAUUGACUUCUGACUGGUCAACUACUAUUUGAUAUUCUAUGUACUGUUUUGCUAUGCUUAUUCAUUCCUUUUGAUAGAAGUCCGGAAGUCUAUAAAGUAUUCAUAAUUUAUAUAAAUGGGUGUAUGAAAUAUGCCGAAUAUUCCCUGUGACUUAGAACAUUUAAACAAGGUAGAACCUUGUCUUUUGAACUCUGUCUGCAUCUUUCUCUACAAACUACCUUGUCAGAACCAACAAACACUCAGACGAAAUAGAGAUGGAACAAGGGAAAAAGGAAAUUAAGAAAAUACUGGUUACAUUUGACAUUGAUGGAACCUUAAUUCAAAGUGAUGGGACCAACUCUAACCAUUUCUAUCAAGCUUUCUCCUAUGCUAUCCUGCAAGUCUUUGGAAUUCAUGGUACUAUCGACGUUAUUCAGCCUCAUGGUUCGACUGAUCCUGCAAUCCUUGUGAACACGCUUGUCCACUACGGUAUAUCAUCUGAGGUUGCUACUGAAAAGCUCCCGAUUUUGAUGUCAAAGAUGACUGAAUAUGAAAAGGCUCACGCUGAAGACCUAGGAUAGGGCCUUGAAUUGCUUCCUGGUGUUGAAUCUCUUCUUCAAACCUUGUCAUCAACGAAUAAUGUAAUCAUUGGUUUGGUUACAGGUAACUUGGAAGAGACUGCAUGGAUGAAAUUGGAUGCCUUGGGUAUCAAGAAGUAUUUUAGUGUUCCGCAUUUUGGAGGAUUUGGGAGCGAUCACAUGGAUCGAGGUCAUCUCAUCAAAAUUGCAGCAGAAAGGGCUGAAAAUCUAUAUCCUGGGAAAUUUGAUUCCCGACUGCAUGUUGGAGACACACCAAACGAUAUCAUAGCAGCUGAAUGUGAGGGAGCUUUGGCAAUAGGAGUUUGCACUGGCAUUUUCAGAAAGGAGGAGCUGGAGCAAGUCAGCAAUAGAGGUGCUGUGAUUCUUCAAGAUCUCUGUGAUCAUAAGAGCUUCAUAAAUUUGCUAGUAAUAUGAGUUGAAUUAUAUUAAUGCAUGCUGCAUUAUGUAAGCAAUGGGUUGCAAUAUGUCCUGUUAAUCUGUUAUGCCGUAAAUAACAUCUAAGUUUAUCAUUUCUAAUCUUAAUCUGAAUGCUCUUUAAAGCUUGAAAUCAGCCAAAUUCAGUUAUUCACCUAGUUUGGCCAUGCUAUGAUGAGUAAUUUCAUGUAUAUGCUCUUUCACCUCCCUGUUUUGGAGGAGCUUCCUUGUUGUAAUUGUUGGUAUUUGAAGCAAAGUAUCUCUUUUCAAAGAUGUA